AUGGCGGACGUGGCGGGUCCCUCUCGCCCCGCCCGCCCGGGCGGCGCGGCGUUCUGGACCCGGGACUUUUCUGAUGAAGAACAAUCAGUAGUAUAUGUUCCAGGAAUUUCUGCAGAAGGAAAUAUCAGAUCAAGACACAAGUUGAUGAGCCCAAAAGCUAAUGUUAAAUUCAAGACUUCCAGGGGGGCUGCUGAUUCGAUCUCCAUGGAUUCUUUAAAAGGUGCAGGAGAUUCCGUAAAUGAACAGAAUUUCUGCAAGGGAGGAAUAAAGAGUGCAUCAUUGAAGGAUUUAUGUCUUGAAGACAAAAGACGCAUUGCAAAUUUAAUUAAAGAACUAGCCAGAGUGAGUGAGGAAAAGGAGGUGACUGAAGAGCGACUCAGAGCUGAGCAGGAGUCAUUUGAGAGGAAGAUCAAGCAGCUGGAAGAACAGAAUGAACUGAUCAUCAAAGAAAGGGAAGCUCUUCAGCUGCAGUACAGAGAAUGCCAAGAACUUCUAAGCCUCUAUCAGAAAUACCUAUCAGAACAGCAGGAGAAGCUCACCAUGUCUCUCUCAGAACUUGGUGCUGCGAGAAUGCAGGAACAACAGGUAUUGAAUAGGAAAAGCACUGUACAGUCUUCAUCUGUGGAACUGGAUGGCUCCUACCUGAGUGUAGCCAACCCACAGACCUACCAUCAAACCAAGCAAAGGCCUAAGCCUGCAGAUCAGGACUCAGCUCUAGAAUCCCUUGUGGAGUUCAGGAACAAUUCUCUGAAACCAGCAGCCCUUCAUUGUCCCGAAGAGGAUCUAGACAGGGUGCCAUCGGAGACCAGAACAUGUGAUUACGGAUCCCCAGGGAAAAAACUAGCAGGUGCAGUCCCUACAGAGAAAGUUCCAGCAGAGGAAUUGAAGGAAUGUCAGCAUCUUAGGCCUACUCCGUCUAGACUGUGUUGUGGGCAUAGGCUUUCUGAGAAUGCACAUCACGUUCAUGUUAGCCAUCCUACAGUCAUGGCCCCUCAAUAUUCCAAGACACAGCCAGAAUCAUGCCAUUACUGUGGACUUGCCUGGGCAACUCUGAUGCAUAGCCAAGGGCUACUGCAACCCAGUGAAACUGAUUUCAAAAAGCAACUCUCAGAAGACAGAAGGCAGCAACUUAUGCUUCAAAAAAUGGAGCUGGAAGUUGAAAAGGAGCGCCUUCAGCACCUGCUGGCCCAGCAAGAGACAAAGCUUCUCCUAAAACAGCAGCAGCUUCAUCAGUCCCGACUAGACUACAAUUGGUUGAGAACUCAAGCUGCAUUUAAGUCGAAACAAUUGGUUGCUGAUAAAGAACUUGCUAAGCCCCAAGAGCUCAACCUGGUUACGAAUGGGAGUAACUCUAAACCAAGUUUGUUGAAGUCAGCAGGUGAUGGCUGGCUGCUUGGAACAUCGUCAUCCAUCAAAAAGUACCAAGAGUCCACCCCCAGUGGAGAGACUAGAAAAGAGAAGAAGACCGUUGGGUUUCAGUCACAUAUGGAAGAGGGUGCCCGGUGCACAUGCCCGAAGGAAGAGACGUGCCGACCCCAGAGAGGGACAAUGACAGGAGUUAGAAAAGAUGUGUCCACAUCUCCGAUGACAACAGAAAGCCACAAGGAGCUUGCGAGCACAGCCCUGUCGUCACUCCAACACAGCACUUCCCGGUAUGAGACAUCUCUGUUGGAUUUGGUUCAAUCACUGAGCCCAAAGUCUGCUUCUAAACCUCAGCCCCAACCCUCCAGAGAAGCCAGGGCCUGGAAUCACAGACCUUGCCGACUCAGUUCUCUAAAAUCAAACCGGAACAAGAUGGCGGCAGGCAGGACCCCCGAAGACCUGGAGGAGAAUCAGAUUCUGGAAGAUAUCUUUUUCAUUUGAUGCCAAAGCACUUGCUGCAAAAUUUCCAUCAGAACCUUGUGGGGUUUUUAGUAUACUGAUCUAGGAUUUAAAAAUUUCUGAUCACAAGUAAUUGUGUCUCUCCUUUCACAGGGCCCUGUCUCACUAGCAUCUGUUAUGUAUCGAAUACAGAAAUCAUCCUAACAACCCAGGGUGUUUUGACCAGACCAAUCAGUAGAUAAAACACACUCAGGGGAGAUGGGUAGUGUCUUCUGUAGGCCAAGCAGUGAUGGGAACAUCAGCGUGGGACGCUCUCUGCAUGGCAGGGGCCAUUGCAUAUGCAGCUUCCUUUUGAGAGAAUUUCCUUCUCAAUAUUUUGCUGGAAAAGAUUGGCUUUCUUUUUUACACAAGGAAAACCUACCCACUGAAAGAUCCCUCUAAUUUAAAAGUAGCUCUUCGUAACAAGCAAUUUCAUAAAGAGGGACCCUUUACCGCUGCACCCUGUUCUCUCACCGCCUGUCUCUAACUGUAGUCAUUUAACUGCAGUUGGAGUUGGGGCUGCUGUUGGCACAAGCAACACUGAAGGCCAAGUGUGAAUCAGGCUCAGUCGGCAUCAUCCUGGCAGGUGCUCCCCUGGUAACCAAAAGGGCUCAAUGGGCUAAAGGGAGGGAGGGACCACCCCCCAGCCCUGGGAAACUGGCAUUAAAUCACACAAAAGUGACUACACUAGUCCCCACUUCAGAGUAUGCUAUUUUAAUGUGUGCAACUGUUUAUAUAUGCGUGAGAUUUUAGGUUAGUAAAUUAUCUCUAUGGCCAUUUUCCCCAUGUGGUUUUGAUCCUGAGUUGCACUUUGGAUAUCCCGCAUCAGCUCAGUAGGUACAGCUUGAAAGAAAGUAAGAGCAGAGCCCCAGGUUAUCUAAGUGGCAUUUCCCUCAGUCCCUGAUAGAGCAGCAGCUCCUGGCAACCGGACAGGUGAAAGAACAGGCUCUCCUGGCCAGCUCCGGCACGCUCCCUCACCCAGCACUGCCCCUCUCCUAGGUUGUGUGGUUGCUGGCACAGAAGGUUCUGUGCACACCCCUGAGUCCCUUCUAUGUGCCUGUCCCCCUCCCUGCUCAGCAAGGGUGCCCUAUUUUAGCCAUCUCAGAUGGGAAAAUGGGCCUGCCUGGUUGGCUUUAGGUGUGGAGAGAAUGCAGGCGAGGGCUUGAGUGAUGGAACGCCAGUUCUGAGAUCACACCUAUGGAUUCAACUAAGGCAGCUAGACACCCUGACCUGUCCCCGGUUCCCCACGCCAGCCCGGCAUCUUCACCUGAACAAGGAGACUGCGCAGCUGCCUCACAGAGGCAGAGGUGGCGGGAACAGUCACCACGCAGCCAGCUUCCAAACUGAAGAUGAAAUCCGUUUUCCUCCAGCUGUCAAAGGUUACCCUUGAGUUUAGGAACAAAGCUGGGGGAGAGUGGGGUGCGGGCGACACCCUAGUCCUCAGAGAAGGGAUGUCCUGGCAGCCAGAGAACCAGUUUCACAACUCAGUUGCCCAUUUCACGGUUUCUCAGAGCGGCUGUUAAUGGUGGGUUGUUUCUAAGCCCCUAGAGUUCCAUUAUUCCUUUCGGGGGCGGGACCAUCUAACCUCUCAGGCUUCAGCUUCACAGCUGUUCCCCUCCCUGCACACCUCCACCACACACACUCGGAGCCGGGUAGGCACCCAGAAAAUGCUCGGGGCCUCGUCUACCCCACUGACACCCUAACCUCUCCCCCUCCCACAGUCACAGAAUUCUAUGGAUGGAUUGGACCUUAUUGCCCAUAUAAUUCAUCAGUUUCAUUGUACAGAUGGAGAGUUCAGAGAAAAGUGACCUGUCUGGGCUCCCACAUCCUGGCAGCGGCAGGUCUGGCUGCUAGGCUGGUGUCCUGCCACCAUGGCGCGUCACUGCCUUAGCCCAGUGUUCCAAGAUGAAUGUCUUUUAGAAUUUCCACGAGGACUGACCAUUCAUUCCACCACCAUCUCAGAAGUGAGCCCUCACAGGCCACGUGGCCCAAAGUGAGGAAGAAUGUCGCAGGUCCGCUCCUGGGGGGCUUGUAGGGUUUUAACCCUCCAGGACCGAGCACCACCAUCUGGACUCUGCGUCAGUGGGCGUGGAGGCCCAUGGGAAGCCUGUCUAAAGCCAUAUCCCUGGGGAAAGACAAACCUGUGCAGCAGCACAACAAGUGUGACUGUCUUCUCCAGAUAGUAAAGGUGGUUAUUGCUGUAGUUAACCUCUUCUGGAAAUGCAGUGGCCAGAACGAGGAGGAGGAGGCCUACCUCGGGCAGUGGAGGUGGUGGCUGUGCUAGUAAAACCAGCAGGUUGGUACCUGAAAGUCCAGUGGGAAUGGCCUGGGUCAGGACCAUCAGAGGACUGUCUGUCUCAUCUGUUUGGCUUCUUGUGGCCCAGGAUGCUCCUCGGCACUUUCCCGGACUUUCCCCUUAUAGGACAGUGGGCAUGGACAUAUGUUUUCAUUCCUCUUAGCAGAUACUCGGAACUGGGUCUGCUGCUCAUAUGGAAACUUUGAGAAACUGCCAGGCUGUUUUCUAAAACAAUUUGACCGUUUCACAUUCUCAUCAGCAGAGUGAGGAUUCAUGGACACUUCCUACUCUCUAAAAUCCUCCCUUUGGCUCACUAUUGCUACUGCUGGGGGUCAGCACUUGUCAACCCUCCCUUCUCCUCUCUGCUCUGCUUGCAACUCACAACUCCUGGCCAUCUCCCAAAGCCACACAGCUCUUUUUGGCCUGUGUGACUUUCCUAUGUCCUGGUCUUUUGGAUGAAUCUGCUUCCACGUUUCCUGAGGCAUCGUUACAGAUUCUCUUCUCCUGGCCCCAGCGGUGCUGCCUGGGGCCUCUGUUACAGCCCACCUGCAACUGCGCGGUGUGGUCUUGCGUGUGGUCUUCCCCAUUAGAACACCGCAUGCCCAAAUAGGACAUACACUGACCUUGGAAUCCACCCAGCCUUGCCAUGUGUGAGCUGCCUACCUUUAGGCAAGUUACAUUUAACCUCAGCUAUGAUAAUUUAUAAAAUGAUUCCUAAAAAUGGAGGUGACAGUCCCUGCCUUACAAGUCUGGUGCCACAAAUGCUGACCUAACCCUGGAGGAAAAACCAGAGCGACAAGGCCAAGCUCUCCCCGAAAGCAGGGCUGAGCCGGUGUCCAGGGACCAGAGGGGCCUGCGGGGGUUUCUUGUACGUGGGGGAAAGAGAAGGCCCAGGAGGAAAGAGCAGGGUUGGGGUUUGUGAGAAAGUGGAAGGUUGACUAGAAGACCGGGCUCUGCCUGAGGUCCGGAAAGGACCCCCACACUGACCACCCCCUCCCCGCUUCAGUGCAUGGCUGGGCAGCCUUGGUUGGUCCCUCCUGGCCACCACCCCACAGACAAUGGCCUGAUCACAGCCAGGAUGCCCAAGGCCCACUGGGCUUCACCUGUUCUGCAGGUGAAAACUCUGGUUGUUUCCUCCUCAUCCUUCUCUCCCCCACACAUUGGCCCUUUAGGUUCUGAGGGGCCGGAGGAAGGGGAGUUCUCUGCCUUCUUGUUGCUGCCAGUUGAGACGGUGAACUUCGCAGCCCAGGUUCAGCACCCUCCCCCUCCCCCGGAGCUGGAGGUGAUUUAAGCUUGCUGGAUUUAUAUAACAUUGGGAAACGGUAAACUGUGUAAAUGUGCUAUGUUUUCCGGGGACAGUUAUUUAUAGAGGGGCACCCUUAACUCCAGU